UUGAGUGAUAAGCUCCAAAAAUUACAGAAUCGUGCAGCUAGAGUUAUUACUAAAUCACCCUUUGAUGCGAGCUCAAACCACCUUCUCUCCACCCUCAGCUGGGAGAGGCUAUCUCUUCGACGAAAGAAACAAAAAGCCUUAAUGAUGUAUAAAACCAUGCAUGACCUUGCUCCAAAAUAUCUACAAAAUCUUUUCUCUCAGCGUCACUCUGCUUACAACUUAAGAAACUCUGAGGGAAGGCUGACGCUGUCCAAACCAAACACCAAUUAUUUGAAACGAAGCUUCUCUUACAGCGGGGCCAUGUUAUGGAAUAACUUGCCCAAAAACUUAAAAAACGCUGCAUCCGUUGAGCAUUUUAAGCGAAAUAUCAAGAAGGUAGCUGAUAUAUCGGAUUCCCACACGGCAAUCAUGUAA